CUCGAUUAGAUUUCCUUUUCUGGAUAACACCCCCCCUCCCCCAGUCGCCUCACUUUCUUUAUAUCUCCCAUCGCUGGCCUCCUUCGUAUACCCCGGGAUCAGAUCGUCUCUCUUUCUGCACGCUUAUCCUUCUCCUCCUCCUUCUCCUCAUCCUCCAUCUUGUUUUGUAAGUAGCAGCAGCUGUCGAUCCCGACCGCGUGGGACGUUUGUUUAAAAAGCCUGUCGCUGACCGACCAUCCUAGUUUCUUUUGUGUCCCCGUAUUCCAUAUCAGAUAAUCAUGUCUUUUACAACGUCGUCUUCCUCAGUCACCCUUCCAGUCGGCGAGGACGUCCAGCAGGACGGGACGUGUACGCCAGAACCCCAGAAUGGCUGCUCCGAACUCAGCUUGACAGCCCCCGCGAGAGCCUAUCUCUCGAGCCGCAACUCAUCCUCCAACACUCUCGUGGUAACAGAUACUACCUACACGAGGCACCGGGCCUCACCGUCCUCGUCUAGCUCAACCGACGUUGACCUUGACGACGACGACGACGAAGAAGAAGACAACGAGCUCGCCGUCCCGUCGAAAAGGGGCACGCGCGCCUACCGCUAUCUCCGCUGGAACUUCGGCUCCGUCUACAGACGCGUCUUCACCCUCGCUUUCCUCGGCAACAUCGCCGCCCUCGCCCUGGUAGUCGUCCGGUCCCUCAUCGGCGGGCCGUCCUCGUCGUCGUCCCGCCUGACGCCCGGGACCUGCGCGACGGCCGUCUCGUCCAACAUCCUCGCCGCGCUCUUCAUCCGCAACGAGCACACCGUCAACGCUCUAUUCCGCGCCCUCGCCCUCCUCCCGGCCUCCCGGACGCCGCUCGCCGUCCGCCGCGCCUUCGCCAAGAUCUACUCGUACGGUGGCAUCCACAGCGGCUGCGGCGUGGCCUCGCUCUUCUGGUUCGUGACCUUCCUCGUCGUGCUCACGCGCGACACGCCGGCGAACCCGGGCGCGAUCCGCGCCUACAUCCUGCUCGACAGCUAUCUCAUCUGCGCGCUCCUCGCCGCCAUCAUCGGCUUCGCGCACCCGAGGGCGCGCGUGCUGCUGCACAACUGGUUUGAGGGCACCCACCGCUUCCUCGGGUGGUCCGUCAUCCUCCUCUUCUGGGCGCUCGUCAUGAUGCUCGCCGAGGACGGGAGGAGGAGUAGCAGCAGUAGCAGUAGCAGUAGCAGCAGCGGCGGCGGCGACAGCGCAGCCGAGGUCCCGUACGCCGCGCAGCUCGUGGCGACGCCGUCGUUCUGGAUGCUCAUCGCCACCACGCUCCUCGUCGCCUACCCCUGGACGCGACUGCGGCUGCGCGACGUCGAGGCUGAAGCCAUGUCGGACCACGUGGUCAAGCUCAACUUUAACUACGCCGACGUGCACUACGGCCAGGCCGUCCGGCUCACGGACGCGCCGCUGCGCGAGACGCACGCCUUUGCCGUGAUCCCCAACCCGGCGGCGCCGUCUUCUUCGACAGCCGCCAACAACGACGACGACGUCGAGAAGGCGUUGAGCAGGGAAGGAGGAGGAGGAGGAGGAGGAGGAGGAGCGCUCUCCAACGCCGGCAAGAAGGGCUUCUCGGUGCUCGUGUCCAACGCGGGCGACUGGACGGCCAAGAUCAUCAAGGACCCGCCCAAGAAGAUCUGGACGCGCGGGGUGCCGCAGUACGGGGUGCUCCGGGUGGCGGGCCUCUUCGAGCCGUGCAUCGUCAUGGCGACGGGCUCGGGGAUCGGGCCGUGCCUCAGCCUCUUCGUGCAGCGGCCGGAGCACCCGGUGCGGAUCGUGUGGUCGGCACAGCGGCCGGCGGAGACGUACGGGCAGGCGGUUAUCGACGCACUGUACCGGGCGGACCCGGGGGCCGUCAUCAUCGACACGCAGAAGACGGGGCGACCGGACCUCGUGGCGGUGGCGUACCGCAUCUGGGAUGGCAGCCGACGGCGGGCCUUGGGGCUCGCGCAAGACGACGAGACGAAGGCGAAGACGACGACGACGAUGACGACAAAUACUAUGCAGACGACGAUGACGACGACGACGACGACGACGACCAGGAGCGGGAGAAGGACGGGGCCUUGCGAGGCGGUCGUCAUCAUCUCCAACCAAAAAGUGACGAGGAAGGUCGUCUACGGGCUGGAGAGCCGGGGCAUCCCGGCUUACGGGGCCAUCUUCGACUCGUGAGUGUGAGGUUUAACACGGGGCGGCAAGCAAGCUGUUGAUUUUUUUUUCUUUUUUUCUUUUUUCAUAUUUCUCUUGUCGUGUUGUCUGUCAUGUCUGCGUAUGUGAGAGUUGGGGAGUCGUUGCUUUUUUUGCUUCUUGUAGCUCACCGUCGUAUCAAACGCUGGUGGAACUGGGGCAACGGGGUGAACCGGGGGGUGGUGGUGGUGGUGGUGGUGGUGGAGGAGGAGGAGGAGGAGAGGUAGGGAAGUUGUCUUGGUUGCGUCCAUUUGUGUACAAUUGCAUAGCGGGCAUUUGCGGGAUUGCGGCAUAGCAGGCAGGCGUUUGGCGGGUAUCUUGAUGGGUUAGUUGGAUUUGGGUUAGCCUCUCUCACCCUCACGCACACACACACACUCUCUCUCUCUCUUGGUUGUGGAUUUGUGGAUUUGUGGAUUUUCUCAUCUUGGCUUCUUUUCUUUUUUUUGCUUCAUGUUGGCGCUCCC